UGAUUAAUAAAACGAGUUUAUAUAACGUUAAACAAUUGUCCCCCGAAAUCACUGUUAAGUUGGGGCAUUGGGAGUGAAUUAGUGCAUGGUAAAAAGUCAUUUCUGUUCAUUUGUUGAGGUCAGAAAGAGCAGAGAGGUGCAAAUGGCAUCGUGUGAGGAAUUAUUUGGCGAAAUACACAAGAUCAGUGAAAUUUUGAAAUCAUCGGACGCAAAUUGGGAUGUAAUUGAGAUUACGCAACUCCUCAAGUCAUUGGGCUUGCAGUUGGAUCACUUGGACUUUGAUACAGCUGCAAAUGGUGAGACAUGUCCCAAUCCCAAUUUAACUAUUGAAAUUCGCUGUGGAUCCUCCAGGAUUGUCUCAAGGCUCACCUCUCAGGCUAAGCAUCAGUGUAUCUGUCCCGAAAAUGGUCACACCAGCUCCUUCUGGGAAGUUCAGGGAACUGCCCCAGGGGCAUUGGGAAUAAAGAGUGAGAACACCAAAGAGAAAUCCUCAAAUCUCCUCCCAGAAGUGUCCAGUGCGGUCAAUGAUGGUGUAACAACACUCCUAAAUGCAUCUCUUCAUCUCCUAAAAAAUGCAAAGCAAAUGAAUGACCUCAACACCAACGACAACAAAGAGAAUACUGCGCCAAAUAUAAAAUCCGAAGAUAUUCCUGAGAAGCUGGACACUUCAUCAUCAACCCAAAUCCUCUCUGCAAGUCCCAAAGAUGAUGUCUUCCUGGCCUCUGUUCGUGCAGACAAUGAUCGAGAUAUUCGAAUAAUUCAGCAAUUGUCCGAGGCACGCUACAAAGUUGAUCAGGCUCUGCUUAUGCUAAAAUUCAACGGCAAAAUAGAUGGAACUCACAACUCCCUAUUGAUGGUGACUCCUCAGAAACCCAGUGCUUCUUCAUCUCCACGAUUGUCCAUUGCCAAGAAGCGCUCCUCAACUUUCAAUGAUCCCCAUCAAAUUGACAAUCAUGUGGACAGGAAAUCUAUCAGGACAGCACUUGCUCUUCCACCACGCGGUGACAAGAUUCUCAAAAGAAGAUCCGUGGGCAGUAUUUAUGAUCAUGCUCAACCGGUAAAGAGAGAUGUACCAGCCCUUCGUGUCACUCAGCCUGCAGGUACUGUCGCUAAUAAAAAGAAACCUGCUGUAAAGGAGAACAUCACCAGUAACCUCAGGAAAUCCAUUAGCAUGUCUCAAAGUAUGCCCAAAUUACCCACAUCAUCCAAGAAAUAGUGAACCGUUACAAUAUUUCCCAAAAUUUUAAAUUUGAAUAAACGUAUGAUUUGAUUCUCAAAAAA